CACAACCCUCGCCUCUCUUCCCCGCCCCAGUCCUCCCUCUCUCUCUCCCCCCCCCCCCCCCUUCAUCACCGUCUCCGUCCACCAAGUGCUGCGCGAUCACCAUUAACUGUCCGGCCAACGGCGCGGGGGCUGCUGUCUUUCCCGUUAGAGGACGGUGUCGGGCUCCGUGUGGCCGGAGGCGGCCGUUUGUCGGGUGUUGCCCUCCCUCCCUCGCUGCUCGGUCGGUGACAGUUGGACCUGAGCUUCUGGCUGGUGCCGUUUCUCUCCCUCCCCUCCCCUCCCCCGUCCUUUUAUCUGUAUUUCUUGCUCUCUGUCUGUCUCUGUCUUUCUAUGGUGCGUUGCGGGUUGAGAUGUUUCUGAAGGCGAGGUGUUUGCGGUGGAGUUAAGAUACGUGUUUAACCUAUGGAUAAAGUUGGAAAGAUGUGGAGCAAUUUAAAAUACAGAUGUCAGAACCUUUUUGUUAAUGAAGUUGGAAGCAGAAAUGAAAAUGACUUAAACUGUCAGAAAUGUUCGGUUAGUAAAAAUGUAAGUGUACAAGCUAGUGAUUUGCCUCAGCAUGGUUUAAGUCCAUUAAACAGAAACAGAACUAUACCACUGGUUGCAGACACGUGUCUAAAAACAGAUAAAUGGAAUAGAAAUUGUGUUUCUGACAUCCCAGAGAUUGUUGAAACUGACUUAGAUAAAGAGAAUGAAAACUUGGCCACACCACCAGAUUCUCAUCUUGUUCGAAGAGACUCUUACUCCCGACAUGCUCCAUGGGGUGGAAAAAAGAAGCAUUCUUGCUCUACAAAAAUGCAAAUGUCCUUUGAUGUCGAUAAACGCUUUAGUCGGACAAGGUAUGGAUUACAGAGACGUGAAAGACGCUAUGGUGUAAGUUCUAUACAUGACAUGGAUAAUUUGUCUAAUCGGAGUAUGACACGGCAAUCUAUACGCCAGCGAUUGCAAGAAACUGUAGGACUGUGUUUUCCACUACGAGCCCGCAAUAAACAAUCUAAGAGCUUACUUUCCAGCCGGAGAAAAAUAUUGCUCUCUGAACUCAUGCUUGAAAGAUGUCCUUUUCCAGCUGGAUCAGACCUAGCACAAAAAUGGCAUCUUAUUAAGCAGCACACUGCUCCUGUAAGCUCACAGUCAGCCUGUUGGCUUGAGACUUUUGAUCCAACUUUUGCUUCUGCAGAAGAUGAAGAAGAUAGACUUCGUGAAAGACGAAGACUCAGCAUCGAAGAAGGAGUUGAUCCUCCUCCCAAUGCUCUUAUACAUACCUUUGAAUCAACUGCACAAAUUAAUCAAACAUACAAGCUGGGACCAAAGUUAGCACCUGGGAUGAGUGAACUUUCUGGUGACAGUCGUGCAAUAACAAAUGGAGAUUGGGACUCUGAAGAAGACACCACAACUCUCUGUCUCCAGGCACGCAAACAGAAAUCACGGCAAGUGGCAGCAGAAAACAUUAGUCAUUCUACCAAACCUGGGCCCUGGAAAGUACACACACAAAUUGAUUACAUUCAUUGUCUGGUACCAGACCUACUACAGAUUACAAGUAACUCUUGUUACUGGGGAGUGAUGGACCGUUAUGAAGCGGAGGCUCUCCUUGAUGGCAAGCCUGAAGGUACUUUUUUACUCAGGGACUCCGCACAAGAGGACUACCUUUUUUCUGAGAUUGGACAUCCUUGCAGUUUGAUCUGCAGUUACUACUACCCUAUUCUGGAAGUACUUUUUGCUAUGAAAUAGACAUCAGCAAUUUCUUCCACUACUAUACAACUAAAUCAUCACAGAACACCAGGACAAUGAACCACCUGCCCCUUUCUGCAAAUGAUUUUCCUUGUUAGUAUUGUUGGUUUGAAUAUGGUGCCACUUCCAAAUAUGAUGGGAAGGAGUAAGGUCACUCUGUCUUACAGUUAAUGAACGUUUCUGUUGACUUUUUGUUUAGGAUGUUUGCAUUUUGAAAGUGAUCAUUUAAAAUAUUUGUGACCCAAGACCAAAUAUGAAUUUAAAACAUGAACUUAAUAUUUUAGUAAACAUCCAGAAAAGAUUUUUAUUUACCUUGAUGUUUUCCAUAAAAGGUGAAAACAGUAAUCUUUGUUAUCCUUUUCAAUUAGCCUACUUUGUCAUAACUAUUGAUCAUUUUCACUUAUUUUUAUUUCGAGACCCACAACAAUGUGGUUGCCUCCUAACUGCCCUAUGGGCAAUAAGCAGUGGGCAAUAAAUGCUGGCUUAGCCAGUGAUGCCCUGAUCACGUGAACGAAUGAUAAAAGAAAAGAAUGCACUCCAAGGGGUGUUUUACUUUCACAUUUUCUUUCUAUCAAAACUUUAAGUAUCCAAAAUGUUUAAGUAUCCACUACUUGGAUGUAAGGAAAAUGUUUAUUAUGUAUUGGCUCCAAAAUAACUCUGACACCUUUUUUUUAAAAAAAUCCAGUCAUGUUCUUGAGAUGCAAAUGAAAUUUCUGCAAUACUGACCAGAAGCUUGAUAGUUGCUCAAUAAAAUGCUGUGAUCCUUAACUUCUUUUGUCUAAAGAGCCAUUUUGGACUGCCUUUGCAGUUUUGGCUACAUGUAGCCCAUUUCUAUCCAAAAUCAGCUUAUUUGGUCUUGUGUUCUGCAGCUUGUGUAUUGCAUGCUGUGUAUUUUCCUUCUGUGACUAAGGAAAAAGCAGCAUUUAGCAGAAUUGCUUUACAUUUUUAGGAAAAAACGGGCACAAACUUAUUUUAUUGAACCAGAUUGCUUUGUGUCCUUGUACUGAUUCAAAAUCUGAUGUUCAGCCGGGAUUUUAGUUUGACUGCUUGUGAUUACUGGAAAGUGAAUUUAUUAAAUUGGCAAUCAGUUUCCGGGUGAAAUAGGAAGUUAUAAUGUAAAAUCUGCUUUUAAAAACAAUUCUUCAAUUCCCUAUUUUGUUUUAAGAUAUACUUUUUUUUGAAAGACUUGCUUUAAUAGCACGAUUGUAUAUUUGAUGCGCUGAAUAAGUACAAGUCUGAAAACUCCUUGGCCAUCCUAUGUCUUUUUAUUUUAAGAGUUAUAUGCUUGAUUUGGAAUAUUGCCCACACGUUGUGAAGCUGAACUUCAGUUUUAUCACAUCAGAAUUCUUUCAAAUUUGGUUUAUUUGAACUUCUAAGCUAUUCAGUAAACUUUGUAAACACUUGUUUUAUAUUUGAGGUUUACUUCUUGCCAUACAUUUGAUCAUGUAGUUUGUCUUGCUGGAUGUAUAGAGCGUACACAUUUAAGUUGUAACUAUUUGUCACCAGCAUAGUUAACCUCCCACAAUUUUGUGUAUAUCCCAACUGCAUCUCUUUUUAAUCUUCAUUUCUGUACCUGCACAAAGUUAUUCAAUUAAUCUAAGCUCGUUAGCAAAAUCGCCAUCUUUAUGUUGAGCCCUGUGAUGCAUGCUCCUAAAUUAUAGAAUUGUGGAAAUUCAAUUGUGUAAAUUUGUUCUCAUCAGUACCUGAAAUUGUUAAUGUGGAACUCUGAUCAACAUUACCUGAUUUACUGACUUGAGGUGCUUUUUGGAAGCAAUAAUUUGUUAAAAGAACAUGAUAUACUGUGCUUUUCUUUUCCAACUAAAAGGAUCUUGUUGGACAGAUUCUCAAUUUCUGACAUCAUUUUACUCAGAUUGUUGAGAGGGGCCUGGCAUUGAGAAUGGGGUCCAAAAUCCUUUAUCUGGAAAUAACAUUAACAUUUUCUCCAAACUUUUAAAAUCUUGGCUGUUCAGAAAAAAGAGAUCUGAAGGGACAUUUUGUUUCUCUGAAGAUUUCACAUCAAGUGAGAGUGCAACUGAAAUAAAACAUUAUUUUUGUUAAUUAAUCUUUAAUGUACAAAUAGGAUAUUGCUCAUCUAAAAGCAAAAUAGACAUAUGAUAUUGUUCCUUUUGAGAAUCUUUCUGUAGUUGGAGCAUAAUCUCCAAUAAGGUACAUACUUCAGGUAAAUCAAACAAAGAUGUGCACCUGUUCUGGUGAAUUCUACCGCAUUAUUCAAAGAAUUGGGAGCUCUCUUCUUUUGAGCUUACUAUGCCUCUUCAUUCAGUAUCAUCCAAACCAGAUUAACUGGUCACUUAUCUGUUGAGUGUAUGCAAAAUGGUGCUAAUGUGGAUAAGUUGCUGUGUUUGCCUGUCUGUCCCUUUCAUUGAAAAGUAAUUUUUGUAUAAGUGCUUGACAUUUCAACAUGAAAGACAUUGUAAACGCAGAUAUUUUCUUUUGCUUUUCGUCUGGGUGUGUUCUUAUACCAUUUUCCAUAAAUGCUAGUGUUAGACCAAUGAGUAAUGGUCUGUUGAGGCCUGCACCAGCCAAUUGCACUGGUUUCUUAUUGGUGCGAGUUUCAGAUUUUAUUCAAAAGUUCAAUAAUUGAGUAUGGAUCUUUUCUAAUGAAAUAUCUUUAAUGUCUUUUGUGCCUUCAUUAUUGCACAGGUUUUCAGAUUUUUAAGCUCCCAUAUUUAUGUGGAGGUUUUACAAACAAACAAAUAAAGAUCAAUUUUAAGUAAUUACUAUCUCUCUAUAAGUAGCUUUCACAAACUGAACUCCUUCCCAGCCUACUCCUAAUUUCUGAGCUGUUUUCAUUCUUAUAUUCAGUACUUGUGUUACUUUUAAACCUCAACUGUUUUACCGAGAGCAACUUGUAGAUAUGAUAGUUAGGUAGAGAUCAUCUACCUACCAAAUCACCAAAUGUUUAAUAUGGUACGGUCCCAAUUGAUUCUCAGUGGGAUAAUACUGUCCUGUAUGUGCGUGCAAGCUGGAUAACAUUUGAACACUUCCCAUCAGGAUUCCAGACUAAGGUUUUUUACAGUAAUAUUUCAAUAAAUUAAAGUUGAGCUUUUGGUGACAAUUGUAUCUUGUAUCAAUUUAAUAGCUCUUUAUGGCCUGAAGGCAAACAAUUCAUGUGAAGUACAAACCAAAUAGUUUUUUGCAUGUAAUUUUCAAGCCACUUUAGAGGUUGUAUCCUAAUUUGUUUGCUGAUCUAGAUUACACAGAUAUGUUUAAUGGAUUUUAAUCAGAACUAUUCAAAACUGAUACAGUUAAAUGUAUUCACAAGUAAAUGUUGGCUAAACUCUGAAAAUUUACCUUUUUGUUAGGGGGGGUUGGAAAUGAAGUUUUCAAUAGCUCCAAAUUCACAAGGAUUUUUGUUUUUCAAAAGGUGGUGAGAAUUGGUACAACUUUGUUAAUAUUGUCUUGGGUGGGGCCAGGUAAGAUGAUACAGACCUGUACAAUAAAAUAAAGCACAGGAAGAGAUCCUUAGGCCCAUUUAAGUUUGUGCCGAUUCCUCGUUCUUAUUUAGACCUGCUAUUUAUUGCCCAUGUGUGGUAUCUGUCCCUCUGUUUGCCUCACAUUCGUGUGCUAUCAGGAUAAACCUUAAAUGUCGCUAAUGUGCCUGCUUCUACCACCACUACUGGCAUUCCAGGCAUACAUCACUGUCCAUAUGAAACAUUUUUCAUGCGCUUCUCCUUGAACCUGUGCCAUCUUGCAGUUGGCAUUUCCGUCCUGGGAAUAAGCCUCUGACUAUCCAUUCUGUCUAUGCCUCUCAUAAAUUUGUAGAUCCCUCAGGUUGCCCUCAGCCUCUGUAUUUCCAGUGAAAACAAACUGAGUUAAUCCAACCUCUCCUCAUAACUAAAACCCUCCAGAUCAGACAAGCUCCUGGUGAACCUCCCCUGCACCUUCUCCAAAGCAUGUACAUCCUUCCAGUAGUGUGGUGAUCAGAACUGCACGCAGUAUUCCAAAUGUGACCUAAGUAAAGUUUGAUAUUGAACUACCACAUUAACAACUUGAUUAAAGAUAUUAAAAGUUAAUGAUUGGAUGAAAAUAAACCACCUUGUUUCAAUGGCCAUUUUGAACUCUGAAUUAGGGCAGUCUCAAUUCUGGGUCCACAGUACAAAGCUGCCUUUGAAAUGGCACCUAGUGGCCAUAAGGAUAGCGAAUGUGGAAAUUGAAUUUCUAUGUAUGAAUUUAAAUCUUGGCAAAAUAUUGCACUGAUGUUUUUCUUUUUUUUUGUAAUUUACAUGAGACACUUUGACUCAUUUGGUCCUCAAAAUGGUAGAACUUAAUUAAGUUUGCCGUUUCUCCUGAGUGUUUUCAGUCUACCUUAUAAGGUAUUAAACCAGUAAACUAAAUUGGGAUUGUCUAUGUAUUUGUUUGCACAGUGGCAUGCAGAGAAUGUCAUUUUGCUUUCAUUCCUCUUUGUGCUAGUUUGCUUGGUGAAUUCUGAAGCACUUUCCAAGAUAUCUAAAGCUCAAUAAAAUAUUGGGUUCUUUGUUUACUCCUUGGUUUAUUUUUUCAUCUGAACAGCCUGAUGGAUGAACUGCAGGGAUUCUGAAGACAUUAGCUAGAACUACAAUUUAGUCUGUGUUUGAGGAAGAACCAAAUCUUAGUGAUAUAUGUUCCAAUUUCGAUUUUCUUCCAUCAAAGUUGCCUAAAAUAACAAAGUUCCACCACCUGUUUGAGCAGCAAGAACUUAUCUCAGUGUUUUAAGCUCGUAGAAAACUUUAUUUAGAUUUUAGUUUUAAGAAAUUAAAAGCUGGAUCAUCUUUUUAAUGAUUUAAUUUCAGUAGACUUUUAUGAGCAAGAUGGUGACAAGGUCCAUUUGAUACAGCAGCUGCCGUGUUAUGUUUUGAAUCCAUCCAUUAGGAUUUGUUAGCAAAUUUUCUGAGCAAGGAAAAAAAAACUUCUAUUUCAAAGAAAAUGUGCAGUUUUUUUUUGUGGGUUCUACAAUGUAAGCAUGGGACCCCCUAUUGUAUGGUAGUAUACCUGGUCAUUUAUUUCUAAUUGUGCUUUAUCUUGCAUUGAAGUUGUAUGAAUGUGCUGUUAAACAGUAUUUUUGCAGCUUAGCUGAAAGUAAUUAUUUGCAUAUAUGUUGAUCCCCUCAAACAAAUACAUUUGUGCACUUUGAGAUUUUCAUAAAUCUCUUUUUCUGUGAGGGAAUUGUGUGCCAAUUGACGUAUCAGAUGCUUUGACGUAAGCUAAUUGCUAUUGGUAUGUAAAGUAAGUAAUGUUUUGUUUAUAACUAAAUGUUAGUUCUUCUGAAUUUUUAAAAACCUGGCUACAUUUGCUUUUGAAGAUCCAGCUUUUCGCACAUGGCCAAUAAAUGCAUUUAUUGUACAAUGUAUUCUGUUAUAUUAACAUGAAAAUGCCUGUCCAGGGUAUUGUUUACCUUGCAUAUAAAAAUAAUCUGAUUCUGUUAGCUGUAGAUUAAUGCUCAUUCUGUGUUGUAUAAAACAGAUCAUUUGUAUUAUCAGCUCUGUUCACUUGCUGUAAUAUUGCAACCAUUUUUUUUUUCUUUACAUCCUGAAGGCUUCCUCUGUGUUCACUCUGGCUUCAUUGUCUUAAUAUGAAAUAAAGACUACAGACACAAAA